CGAACCUAACCUUAAAUGUCCACCACACCUCAGCCUUCUACUCUGCAACACAACCAAAAACUAUCGAUACCCACGGCGGUCGUCGCGCACAAGAUCAGAACACCUUAGCUACCAAGAUGGCUGGCCAGGGAGUGCAGGCGGUUGGCAAAUUCCGAGAACUCCUCGAAGAGCUGCUGCAAGAGGCGGAAGCAGCCAAACCAAACGGCCUCAUCGAACCACCCUUGAACAAAGACGACUUGGGAGAUAUAUCCGAACGUGUCAAUUCAGUUUUUCUGCCUGUUACGUCGCCCGAAGUUAGAAAACGAAGCCAGUAUGCUGUCGUCGAAACCGCAGCUCGAGACACGUUCAACGAUCUACUGGUGAGCCGCGCAUCUCAUCGAGGCAAGGAACAUAUCUGACGGACCAUAGGCCACUACGACAAUAGAUACACCAGAGUUUAUGAAGCUAUGGCAUCUCUUGGACAUCAUCUCGAUCCUUUCUGACGACGAACAAUGCGACCCUGCCCUUUACUUUUGGUUGGUGGAGGAGCUCCUGGAUAGUCAAACUAUCGCAGCAUGUCGAAAGGUGUUCGACUUUUUAGAGUCGCGACGAGAUAUUAUUACGGCAAAGCAAUUCCAAUCGAAACAAUUGGUCAUACUUCGGAGUUGCAACGAACUGCUUCGUCGCCUUUCUCGAGCCGAAGAUACCUCAUUCUGCGGAAGAGUGUUUAUAUUCUUAUUUCAGAGCUUUCCCUUGGGCGACAAGAGUUCCGUCAACUUGCGUGGCGAAUUCCAUACCGAGAACACCACCGUUUUUGACGAAAAUGCAUCAAAGGGAAGCGACUCGCAGACUAUGGAUGUUGACACGGAAAUGAAAGUGAAUGGGUCCAUGCUAAAGGUUCCACCCAAAUCAAUAGACAGAGCAAACGGUUCAGCUGGUAGCGCAAAGGAUGUUGAGCCAUUGACUGCAGAUAAAUUGUAUCCGAUAUUCUGGUCACUACAACAGAGUUUCAGCCAACCAAAAACUCUCUUUGAGAAAGAACCGUUCGAUCGAUUUAAAACUGGGGUGGAAGCUACAAGGGUGAUGUUUCAGGCGGUACAAAAUCAAAGUAGUAGUCGUCCCACGCGAUCACCACCCUCAUACGACAGCAAGAGAGGCACGAAGCGAAAGAGAGGGGAAGGCGAUGAUGAUCUGGCCAAUGCGUUUAAUCCGAAAUACCUCACCAGCCGAGACCUAUUUGAACUCGAGGUAAGAACAAUCGACUAUGGAGGCUACUUGAACCUUGCUCAUUCUUGUUCAGAUUAGUGAUUUGUCCUUCCGAAGACACAUUCUCGUGCAAGUUCUCAUUGUAGUGGAUUUCCUGCUAUCCUUGAGUGCUGCCGCCAAAGAGAAAUUAGCUAAAGCUGAACCCGCCAACCCGAACAAAUCUGUCAUGUAUGAAAAACAAGUUCUUAGCGAAGAUGAUGUAAGUCAAUUUGAUCUUUUGUCUAGAUUCACGCUAAUAAUUCUCCAGACAAAAUGGGCGGAGGCUACUAAAUCUUCUGUUCUCGACCUUUUGAAAUUGGGGCUCGAUGGUCCUCACUUUCAUCGCAUGGUCGAAUCUGUUAUCGCAAGAGACAAGAAUUGGGUCAGAUGGAAGAUUGAGAAUUGUCCUCCAAUAACCAAACCAGCGAUUGCCCCUGAAGAAUACGUAUCAGUGAAAAAUGACGCCCGCAAAGCCACCACGAAUAAACGACUUCGUCUAAAUCCUCUCGGCUCUUUGAACUUGAGAUUCCUGACGGAGAAUAACGCCGAGGCCGGAUUAGAGCGUCUGAAGGACCCCUCAAGGUAUCAAAUUCCUUCCGUCAAAAGCUUCAAAAGCAAAAUGGAGCUCGACGAUAUGGACAUCGAGAUGGCGCAAGACGGGUCAGAAGAGAAGAGCGCAGCUGUUGAAUCAAAGGCCAGCAAGAGUUGGAGAGCCUUGCGUAUUGCCAGUGCCUCUAAGCUUGUUGCUUUCGAUAAAAUUGAGCGCUCAGACAGCAUUGAUGAGGUGUUUCUUGAUCACGUGAAAGUCAAAGAGCCCGUUGCCAAUACUGAGGAGGAGAGCGCUGAAGUACCGAUAUAUCCAAAAGACCGCCGACCGAUCAUACUUGCUGGGUAAUUUUCUAUAAAAAAAAUUCAAAAAGAUUGUGCUAACCCUUGUUAGACCCAGUGGCGUUGGCAAAUCCACGCUUCUUAAGCGAUUGAUUGCAAAAUACCCAAAGAUCCUGAAGAGAAAGGUUUCGCAUACUACUCGUGCUCCAGGAGCGGGCGAAGUAGAUGGUAAGGAUUAUAACUUUAUCACGAAAGAAACCCAUACUAUAAUGCGCGAUGGGGAUCAAUUCUUGGAGUAUAAUUGCUACAACGGAAACGACUAUGGUACUAGCCGAAAGCUGGUGGAGAGUAUUAUCGCCGAAAACAAAGUGCCUCUGAUGGAGAUGGAAUACCAUGUAAGUUCCUUGUCCUCAGAUACUCGGUUUCUCGUCUUGUCAAGAAUAAUCAUACUAAUUGAACCACCAGGGCAUUCAGCAAAUAAAAGACAACGGUUUCGAUGCUCGCUUCAUUUUUAUUGCCCCAACCAAUAUGGCAGAAUUAGAGCGUCGCCUACGAUCACGUGGACUACAGGAUGAUGAAGAAAUCAAGGGGAGGCUAAAGAUCGCAGAGGAUGAAAUUCAACAGUCGGCUGUUGAGGGGAGCUACGAUAAGAUAUUCAUCAAUGACGAUCUUGACGCGACCUACGAUAUAUUGGAGGAUUAUAUUUUCAAUCACACAGUUCAGGGAGAGGAACAGAACGGCGAAGUUUCGGAGGCACAAUGAUACCCCAAAUAAUGUUUGUAUAAUAAAAACCAAGGCGUUUUGAGCCUUGUUAGUGGCUAGCUGUUGUGGCAUUUAGACGCAUGGUAUUUCACCACAUUCAAAAU